AUGAAGCUCUCCAUCCUCUUCACUCUCACAGCAGCAAUACACAUAUCCGCCACCUCCCUCCUCCUCGAAGACCGCCAAUCCGCAAACUGGACGAUUGGACAACAGGUCCAAACCACCAGCGGAACAGUCAAAGGCCACCCCGCGACAAACGACUCCCAGGUCUCAGAGUACCUAGGCAUACCGUACGCCCAAGCACCGAUAGGGGACCUACGCUUCGCUGCCCCGGUUAAAUACGCAGGCAACGCGUCCCUCAACGGCAGCGCGUUCGGAUUUUCGUGUCCGGUGAAACAGGGAUCGAGUUCCCUGCCCACGAUUCAGGAACUCGAGGCCGCGAAUGUGACGGCGGUGGGGAUACAGGUACUGGGUAUACUGAGCAACGAUGAUGGGGUCUAUGGGGAGGAUUGCUUGAAUUUGAAUGUGUGGACGAAACCGCAGACCGGGGAGGCGAAGAAGGCGGUGCUGGUUUGGAUCUAUGGUGGAGGGUUCAACAGUGGAAGUUCGUCGAUACCGGGAUACAAUGGGGCGAAUAUUGCAGAGUUGGAGGAUGUGGUGGUGGUUUCCUUCAACUAUCGACUAAGCAUCCUAGGCUUCCCAGGCAAUCCCUCAACGACAAAUAACCUCGCUCUACUGGACCAAAGAUUGGCAGUAGAAUGGGUACGAGACAACAUUGCCAACUUCGGCGGAGACCCAACCCGAAUCACCCUCUUCGGCCAAUCCGCCGGCGGAGCCUCCGUUGAUUUCUACUCAUACGCCUGGAACAGCGACCCCAUCGCCGCAGGCUUCAUCCCCGAAUCCGGAACCGUAUUCAGCUGGGGGCUACCCAACUCCGCCGCCUCCAGUGCCUCCGCCUGGUUCACCGUCACCGCUGCCCUGGGCUGUGGAAAUUCCGCCUCAGACCCAGCAACCGUCCUCUCGUGCAUGAGAAAGCAGACCUACACCGCAAUCCUAAACGCCAUCCCCGCCUCCACCGCGACGGGAGCACUGCUCGGCUAUUUCGGCCCCACGGUGGACGACACGGUCGUCUUCUCCAAUUACUCCCAACGGACACCCGCCAGCGUCCCGAUGCUGAUCGGAAACAACAACUACGAAGCAGGACUCUUCCGCACCGAAUUCGCGCUCUCAGGUAUCUUCCUCUCCGAUACCUUCUGGACGGAUUUCAACCUGCAGGAAUUCACCUGUCCAACCGGAAUCCGCGCCAAUGCUUCCCUCGCGGCCAAGAACCCGACGUGGAGAUAUAGAUACUUUGGCGUAUUCCCAGAUAUGGCAGUCUCCUCUGAAGCAGGGACUUACCACGCCGCCGAAGUCCCCAUAAUCUUCGACACGGUACCAUCUUCGCCCGGCCCAACGGUUGCGGAGGUCAGUAUCGCGAACUACAUGCGCGGAGCCUGGGCGGCGUUUGCGAAGUACCCGGUGAAUGGGUUGACGGGGUAUGGAUGGCCGGGUUAUAAUACGAGUCAGGAUAGCUUGGUGAGGUUGGCGUAUGAGAAUGUGACGGGGGUGAAUGGGAUUAAUCCGUAUAGGUAUGAUGCCGAUUGUGUGUUUGUCAAUGUGAGUAGUACGAAUGGGUCGGAGUCGCCGGCGUUGCCGGAUUUGGGGGCGGGGGUUACGCCUACUGGGACGGGGACGGUGCCAAGUCAGACAGGCGGUGGGGGGAGUAGUGGGACGGGGGCGAGUACGGGGGCGAGUGCUACUAGUACGAAGAGUGGUGGGGGGAGGGUAGAGGUUGGUGGUUGGGUAUGGAUAGGGAUGGGGGCUUUGGUUGCUGCUUGUUUAUUGUGA